GACGUUCGUAGCUAAACAAAAAAACAAAAUGUCAGAUGUAGGCACGUCAUUCUACAACGAAUAAUUGUUUUUAUUUGACUAUUAUUAAAUUAUUAAUUUAUGGAGGCAUAAAAAUUUAAAAUGAGUGCACUUUUCAAUUUUCAAAGUUUGUUAUCAGUGAUCCUGCUGCUCAUAUGCACUUGUGCAUAUUUGCGUUCCCUCUUCCCUAGUAUAAUGGACCGAAAUAAGACGGGGUUGCUAGGAGUGUUUUGGAAACUAGCGCGUAUAGGAGAACGAAAGUCGCCGUAUGUUGCUGUGGCGUGUGUGGGCAUGGCAAUAUCCAUUUUAUUCUGGACGUGAUAGAAAGUUUUUUAUUCUUAAAAUACGUUAAACGAUUUUCUGUUUAGAUAUAAAAUUGCAUUUUUAUAAUUAAAUGUUUUUAACGAUAAGCAAACGUUGUAUGGUCUAAUAAAUGUUAUAAAUAUGCUAAUGGUA